AUGGACGAGCUGAACAACCGGCCAUUCCCACCGGUACCUGAUGUGACAGAUGUGCCCCGUCGGAACCUUAAUAAUGGAUGGAAAGAAUACGAAACGGAAGCGGGCAGGACGUAUUUCCACAACUCUGAGACAGGAAAAAGUCAAUGGAUCCCACCAAGAUUCAUACGAACGCCAGCGCAAGUUCAG